GCCCAGAGCUACUCGGGUUCCACAGUGAGAGUUGGCUCGGGCCCAAAAUUCACAUUUUUCUCAGAAGAACAGAACUUUUUAGCCAUUGAUAAGGCCGGAAAGGUCCCUCUGAGAAAGCUGAACUCUUGUGUUAAAUCCCCUUAUCGAUUUACCUGAAGUUACCAGAAUGGCAGUUGAACAAGGUCUUCAGAAACUAGAAAGCUGUGUAGAUAUUGCUUUGGAAAAAAAUGACUUCAGACCUUUAGAACAAUUCUUGCGGAAUAAAAGUUGUGGAAAUGUCAAACUUAAAUGCACCAAAACUUUCUUCAACAAGUUGGACAACCUUAUAUGCCGGGAACUUCACAAAAAGAAUAUCAAGAAUGCCUCAGCUGUUUUGAAUUCUUUUGGAAAAUGCAUCAAAAAUAUCAAUAUACUUGGUGAAGUAGGAAUUUCAGUAAUGAUAAAGCAAGGUCUAGUCCAAAAGAUGGUUAUCUGGUUUGAAAAAUGUAAAGAAUGCUUUCCGUAUCAAGGAAAUGUGAAGGAUACAGCAAUGAUUAAACUAGCAGAAGAUUUCUUUGGUGUCCUGAUGACUGUACAUGGGAUCAGCACUGAAGGUAAAGAGCAAGUCCUGAACAGCUUUGUUGAGCAAAUGUGUGCCCUGGCUGUUGACAUGAGAAUUAAUAUAUUUAUUCAGAAGGAGGUUAUGAAAGUGUUGAAUGUGAUGCUUAGCACCAUACCUCAGGAUAUUCUAAAGAGAAUUUGCUCCACACAGACUAUGUCACAUCUCAUGUGUAUUAUGGGCAAAAGGAUUUUCAAUGCCGGGGAUUAUUAUUUGCAAGUAGCUAUUACAGAAGCCUUGUGUAGAAUGACCUCAGAAAGAAAAAGAGGAGAACUGGCUGGCCACUGGUUUUCAAUGGAAGUGGCUAUCAAGACAUUUAAAAAAAUUAAAGACUCUGAAUUUGAAACAGACUGCAGAGACUUUCUUAACACAGUGAAUACUAAACUUGGUUCGAAACAGAGGGUUUUCACAUUUCUGUGUUCGUCUCUAUUUCUCAAUGAAUAUGAGUUACAGAUGCCGUUAGAUGAAAAUCUUCAAGGAAUUUGGAUUGGCUUUAACCUUUGUAGCAGAAGUAUAUCUUUCCACACUGCACAAGAUAACGAAUGCCAGUCCAUUCUUAUGAGAAGUAAACUAGCCAGUGAUGCCAAAAUUUUCAAAGAACAUCCGUGGGAAACACUAAGUGUUCCUGGAAAUGAGGUAGAAGUAUAUAAUCUUGAAGUGAAGAAUGCAAGAAAGUUAUUAACAUUGACUCUAAAAAAUACGGUCACCAUUUGUAAGAAAAAAGGGAAACAAAUUAAAUUUUAUUUUGAUACUGCAUCAGAUAUCCUUGAUAUUACUCAACGAAUUUAUGGCACAGAAAAAUAUAAGGGAUUUAUCAAGAAGCAAGCAAUUUCUACUACCAAAACAACACUGCAUGUCGUUCUUGGUGAAGAACAACCGCAGACGCUAGUUCCAGGAGAUCACAAUUCACUUGUGGAAGAGCAGAAAGCCAACAGAAGAGAGCCAGUAGCUGUAACUGUAGGAGUUACUAAUCAAGAGGACCGCAGAUACAUUCAGCACCAAGGGAUUACUCCUGACAAAGUGAAAAUGUCUCAAGCAGUGACAGUGAUUUCUAACAAGCACAGAUUUCCUAAUAAGAGCACAAAGGAAUCAAGCAAGAAAUCAUCCCAUCAAAAGAAAAGCAAGAAGUUGUCUUCGAAAAUGCUUAAUUCUGUGGAAAGAACUAGCACUCCCAAAAAACCACGAAAGCAGGUCAUAGUUGCUAAAGAUUCAGAAUUGAUACAGAAUGAUCAGCAUGAAAAUAUGGAUGAACUUUUGGAGAUCAUGCCUGAAUCAGUGGCAGUUACCAAAAAGAAUAAACCUUCAACAGCAAGAAAAUCUCCCAUAAAUACUGAGAAUUUAACGGUGACCGGCAAUUUGAGUAAUGAAAGUUGUGCAAAAGAGCCCGCUAUUGGACAGUAUGCUGAAGGUCCCGGGAAAUCUGGAAGAGUAAUGACAUCUGAGUUUAAUGACCGUGACUGGGAAAUUAAAGAAAUGAAAAAUAAAGCAAUGGACGGAGAAUUUAAUGUAAAAGCAGCAUUAUUUCUAAACAAAAUUAAUAACAGAUACAUUCAACAAGAGGAGUUAACAUCGUCAAGAAAAUCCAAAGUACCUCUAGCUACAAACAGAACCUGUUUAAAUAAAUCCGAUUUACCUCUUAGUAAGGAAAAACCUAAGAAUAAAAGCAGGAGACAGCAGAAGAAAACUACAUCUAUUAAUGUGAAAGAAUGUUCAUCAAGUAAUAUUUAUGAGUUCAGUGUGAAUGAAUCUGCUGACCCUACUAUACAACUUCAAACUGCAAGAGAACGAGAAAAGAAGCAUUCUUUUAGUGGCAAUGACCCAGAUCACAGAGGUGAUAGCAAUGCAGAUAGCCAUUUGCUGAAGGAAUCAAACCAAAAACUUAAGCCACAGCAUAUAGGAUGUAGUAGAAAUAAAACUGCAAAGAAGCCUAAACAGUUGGUUGCAAAAAAACAUUCUAAAUCUCCAGUUGUGCCAGUGAACGGGGAGCAACUAAAACCGACAAAGGCACCAGUACACAUAGAAGUAGAUGAGACUACUGAAGCACCAGUAGCCAAACGUGCCAGAAGAGCAACAAUUACAACAAAAAAUUCUAAGGAUCGUUCAAAUUCUGAAUCAGGAAUUGAACAGGAAUCUUCAUUGCAGUUCAUUUCCAAUGAAGAGAAUUUACCAGAGAAACAGAACAUUCAGACCCAAAGCGAGGCUACACAAAGUAAAAAUCUUCAAGGUAUUGUUUCUCCUGAUUCAAAAGAUGAGAAGGAAUCACCAAAAUUUUCAGAUUCUGAAAAAGACGUACAUCUUGAAGUAUCACCUAAAGUCUUGCCUGAAAGCCCAUCAUCUGUAGAAGAAAUGAGAUGUGCAGAGAAAACAACUGAGGGAAGUUAUACCCAGGAAUAUGAUUAUCCAUUAGAGUCCUCACACCUUUAUCAGCAAAAGUCAACACCAGAAAAAGAACCCUUAAACCAGCCCAGUGUUACUCAAGCAAUCAUGGAUAAAAUUGUAAGGAGUACAGAAGACACUGAGGUCCUAAUUCCUGUUUUGGAAGCAACGAUCAAUUCUGAAGAUGCUACCAGUCCUAGUUCAGAAGGCAACCUUAGGGAAUCUGAACAGAAAAAGACCCAUAUAAAUGUUUCACAAAAUACAGGAGAGGAAUCAGUGUUGCCAUUUGGAUUUUCCAUGUUGAACAGGAAGAGAAAAAAAGCAUGGGAUGCGUCUCUGGAAGAUGUUCAUGAGUCAGAGCCUAUUAAAAGCACAACUCUUAAAAGGAGGUACCAUAAUGAUGGUCAGAGUGAUUAUGGUGAAGUGGAAAUGAGAGAAGAAAAUGAAGCUGCGGAACCAAGUGUGCUUUCGAAAAACUUGUUGAAACCAGAUGAUACAGCCUAUAUUGCUCAUAAAGGUAAAACAUCCGCAGCGUCAAGAAAUGAUGUUUCCAUUCCUGGGGAGGAAUUGGAAUCUGAGUAUUCAGAUAUUGGAUGUCAAGAGUUAAAUACAGAAUUUCAGGAUGACAUGACAAGAAUUAGCAGUCAACCUCAAACGUUUAGGACGGUACUUCAGGAAUUACAUCUCAAUUUAAAGUCAGAGAGGAGGAUGUUCGAAAAGGACACUUACUUAGACAACUUGGAAACAGAAUUUUUGGAUUUUAUGAAAAAUCAUUUACAGAAGUUCUGUGUAUAUUGGAAAAGUGAACAACUGAGGGAUAAAGCUCUGAAAAAUGCAUUGGAAACAUUUAUCUCAAACAGCACUGAACAAGAGAAAAAUAUUUUUACUACUGAGAUGCAGAUGAUGAGACAAAGCUUGAAUAGACUUCGUGAAAAUUAUCUUAAGAAAAUAGCGAUUGCGUGUAAAGAAGAGGAUGUCCUCCACAUUCGCAGAGGAGUAAUGUCAUUGUUGAUGCAGAUUUAAGAAAAAUUAUAAUGCAUCAGAUUUGUUUUCUUAAUCCUGAUAUGUUCAGCUUGUAAUUUUCUAUUCAUCAUUACUGUAAAUCAUCUAAGAAGAAUGCAGACUCCAUGUACAUAUGGAAGGUGGCCGUAUGAUCAAGGGAAUUGUAAGGCAGCACUCUCCCAUGCAUUUCAGUUGCCAUAGCAAUUCCUACCCUCAGGGACCUAACAUGGCAUUACCAAAGCAUAAGUCAACUUUAUGGGAGUAUUGCCCAUUCAGAAUUGCACUUUUACCCCUGUCAUUCCUGAUUUCUUUCUGUCAAUCCUCUGUCCCUUCAUCUGAGGGAUAACGAUCAGUGGCUCAGCAUAUUUUUCUCAUUCAUUUCAUGGGUGCAAUUAGAAUUUAGUUGUUCUUCAAUAAAUUGUUCUCUGCUAUAUCUUUUGGUGCAAAAACUAGUCCUUGCACA